AUGUCUAACAGCCCCUGCAACUCCAAGAGCGAUACCGGACACUAUCACCAUGGCUCCCCUUCAACUCUACAGGAUUCUGCCGAGAACGAAGAGACAUACGAGACGCGCAAUCUUGCAGACUUCAUCGGUCAGGAUCUUCCCAAAGUGGGCGAGAUUUCACGGUCUGAGCGUCUCUAUUUCAUCGGCACUGAGUUCUCCAACUUGAACUAUCUGGUGCGCCACCGAGCCUUGAGGAUGGAGCAGAAGGACGUAUUGCAUUUCGGGACCCGUCGACUUGCUCGCAAGGUUCCUUCGGUUCCCGAGGAGGCUCUAAAGUUGCCUCCCAAAGCGUUGGCCGACGAACUCGUCAGGGCAUAUUUUGUCCAUGUCAACCGAGGGUUUCCUAUUGUCGACGAGGAUGAGUUUAUGGAGACCUAUAAUGGAUCCGACGUGUCAAAACUGGUAUCGUUGCCCUUGUUGAAUGCUAUAUUCCUCGUCGGCGCUCAUGUUCUGUCUUCAAGUCGAGAAGAUUGUAGGGCAAGCACAUACGUCUUCUUCCGGAGAGCCAAGAUCCUAUUCGACUAUCGCUUUGAACAGCACCGCGAAACAUACUUGCAAGUCGCUCUGCUCUUGACCUGGCAAUGUGACAAUCUCGAAGACAUAGUAAGUAACACAUGGUACUGGGUAGGCGUUGCUGCCCGGACAAGUUUUGGAAUGGGAAUGCAUAGGGAUGCAACCUCGUCCACUCUCAAUACCGUAGACAAGCGCCAAUGGGUCAGGCUUUGGUGGUGUCUCUUCCAGUUUGAUGUGAUGGUCUCGGCCUCGUUCGGUCGACCACAGGCCAUCAACCUUGAAGAGUCUGACACUCCUAUGCUCGAGGAAGCUCACUUUGAAGGCAUACCACAGGGGAAUGCUUUUUUUGCCAUCGAGCACACAAGACUCUGCAUCAUAUUCUCCAAAGCCAUGAGACGUCGUGUGGCAAUACGAGCUACAGAAGCCGAUCGAGCUGCAGCAACUGAACAAGCUGACCAAGAACUUGCUGAGUUCAUCACGCAACUACCACAGAGCCUCCAAUUAUCACAACCCAACCCAGAUACCUGGCAAGCCAUUCUUCAUCUUUCGUACAACAACUUCCUCAUAUUACUCCAUCGACCUCGGCCCCACCAGGAUCCAAGUCAAUUCUCUCCUCAAGCCGCCACGGAUCUAAGCAUUUGUGGCGACGCAGUCGUAGCGGUAAACUCCAUCCUAGAGUCUCUCCGUGCAAGAAACACUCUAUGCGACCUAUGGUUACCUUCGGUUCACGUCUUAUUCACGUGCCUACUUCAUGUUGCUAGCGAGUUGAACUCCCCCAACCCUCUCGUCGUAGCAAAAGCAUCACGUGCGUUUGAUUCUCUUCUUGAUAUUCUGCGCGAUAUCUCGCAAUAUUGGAUAUAUGCCAAGAGUCUUCUCCGUCUAUUUGAGGAGAGGACAAUGUGGAACAUGAGGCAGAGGAGUCACACACAUGGGUCCUUGCAAGAGCGAACAUCUCAACAAAACGGCAAUGACCCUUCCAGUUCGGGAUUUUCAUCACGGGCCAGUACACUUAGAGGUCAUACUGGGAUUCACAACAAUACAAUGGGAGAACCUGCUGCCGAUAUGCAGCCUUCAUCCACACAAAUAUCUGGAGAACCUGCAUAUGGUUUCAAUUUCGACUUUGGAGGGAGCAUGCAGCCAAGUCUUCCGUACGGUGACGGGUUUGUCGAGGGUGGCCUCGAUAUGACUGGGAAUGGAGGGGGCAUGAACCUGCUGCCUGUGCCAUCGGUGCUGGAAUUCCUCUUGGCGGGUGUUGAUAAUCAAUAUGACUUUUGA